CAAGGAGUCACCAUCUUAGCCUUUUAUUGUGUGUGAAGUGAACCUUGACUCAGGACUCUGUGAGCUCCUCCAUGUCCUGGCUCCUCCAACUCCAGCUUGACUGCCGUGAUUCAGCUUCCAGGAUGCCAUGGAGUCUCCACGUUUUACGUUCAAUCCAAAGGAAGGCAUUGACAAUCCAGCCAUGAUCAUCAGCGAUGAUAAUGAGCUGGAUGUGAGCCUGCUGCCCAGGCUUUGCCACCUGAAGCGUCUGGAGGGACAGAGCUUUGGCUUCAUGCUCACUCAGCAGAGUGGUGGGAACUUUGAGAUCAGCACCGUGGAGCUGUGGAGCCCUGCAGAGGCUGGCGGCCUUAGAGAAGGGGACCGGGUGCUGGAGGUCAACGAGGAGGAUGUGGGCCAUUGGGACUUCAGCAGGGUGGUGAAGAAGAUCCAGUCUAGUGGCUUCCACCUGUUCCUCCUUGUGCUGGGAAGAGCAGAGCUCCAACAGGCGCUGUCUAUAGGCCUGGACCUACAGAUGCUGGCCAAGGCUUCUAAAGGGGACGGCUGCUCCAGGCCCAGGCUGUGUCACAUCCGCAGAGACCCAGAGCUCGGCCUGGGGAUGAGUGUGGCGUCAGUGGAAGCAGGUCCAAAAGGCCGAUACGCAGUGAGCACAGUCCCUCACGGUCCAGCAGAGAGGGCCGGUGUCCACCACGGGGACAGACUGAUCUGGAUCAACGGACUCCUGGUGUCGGCCAUCACAAACUCAGCUCUCCACAGAACCGUGAAGAGGAGUGGUGACGCGCUGACUGUGCUGGUUGUCGAUGCCAACAGUGAGGCUUGCUAUGCGAGGAGGAAGGUCCCCAUCCUGCCUGUAAUGGCACAAGGCUGCGGCCUCCCCCACAGCGCCACCUCCAUGCACCUGGUUAGAGGAGAUAACGGCUACGGCUUUCUGCUGCGGCAGGAGAGGCUGGCGGGCAGCCGGCGCAUAGUUCAUGUGCUGAGAGAGGUCGAUGCUGGAAGUCCAGCUGCGGGGGCGGGGAUGGAAGAUGGAGACCUGCUCCUCGCCGUCAAUGGGGAGGCUGUUGAGUCUGCCGAGCAUGAGGACAUUGUCCAAAGGAUCAGACAAAGUGGUGAUGAGGUCGUCCUCACAUCCAUAUCAGUCCCAGGGCGAGACUUCUUUAGAAAGUUGGACAUUUCUCCUCUGCUGUUCCAUGAACUGACACCUCUCACUACCUCUGCUCAGGGCGGAGAGCACUUUCACCUCUGAGCACAAAGGUCAUGUGCCCAAGGGUCCAGAGCAGCAGAGCAGAGCAGUUCUGCCAUCGGCGUGUGAAGAAGACGCAGCAUUAAAGAAUCUUAAGUCCAGUAAAGGACAAAAAGACCAGUAAAAGACCGUAGAUUUGUAUCUUCACUUCAAAUGCAUUAUAUAUAAAAAUAUAUGUUUUUAAGAAAACUAAAGUUUAAGUACACAGUGAAUGCAGACACUUGCUGCUGUAGUCGGCAUCACAGAACCAGGGCCUCACGGCUGUAAUGGCUUUUUUUACAGCUCCCACAUGGAAAAAAGUGAUGUUUCCCUGUGACUGGAGGCCAUGAGUACAUAGAGGAGAUGUUCCCAGAGUUUUUGAAUCACUAACAGGAAUGAGUUAAUUAGUAAAUACAUGAAGGACAUUGUGACUUACUGUAUGUGUAAUAUCUGGCUUUGUUUACUGUUCAAGCACACUGAGUCCUGUCUCAGUGAGAGCCUAGGAUGCUGGGGCAGAAGGUGAAGAGACUAAUAACCACAACAAGGGCUGUUGUUCUUUAAAUGUCACAUUUAAUGUUUUCACUAUCACUUUCCAGAUGGAGACUUUCAGGUCGACCACACAUGUCAACUUAAGCUAGUCGUUAGCUUUGACUUACAGUGCUUGAACUCAGAGUUUAAUAGAUACAUCUAUGUACUGUAUAUACUGCAACCUUUAUUCAAAUGACAAUGCAUCUGAUUAAAACAUCAAAUAUACAAACAGCAAAUUAAAUAAUUCCAAAUAGUAUGUUAAUGGUUGACUUGUGGUUAAUUAUCGCACAAAAUUUGUCAGUUAUUAUUCUGCAAUUUUCCAAAAUGAGUGUCACUGGAUUCAAGUACUUUGUUCCAACAUAAAAGAAAACAUACAAAACCACUUUAUGUACACAAGGAUUCCAUGGAGGCGACGUGGAGGGACAGUGAGCACAUGCACCACGGCUGUGUUGAUUCCUGAGAAGAUCCCCUUCAGUCUCUAACUCACACAGGAGAUGACCUUGGACCAGAGGCAAACCAUGUCCCACUCUUUGGCUCACAGAGAUCAAUGCACACAAGGCAGAAGACCAGAUUAAAAGGAUCUGUUGGAGUAAACUGGCACCGCCAUCGCGGAGUUUCAACCUUGACAGCUGCGUCUUAUAUUCACUGACUAGUUACUGUUCAGGUCUUGGUAUGAGGCCAACUUAUCGCUGCACAAUUUGGGUGAUGACAUUAGUUUGUUAGUUUGAAGAGUCGUCACUCAUGGAACCUGCGUUGCCUGUAUGAAGGUCAUGGUUAUUUAAACACACAGAGGAAGUGAAACAUGUACAGACUUUUUUUUUCUCAGUCCUGCUUGGACUGA